GCAUCUCCCUUGUGUGCAUGGGGAGCGUGUCGUGUGUUUUAGCUGGGAGGGGUGUGUAAAGGGUGUCCCCCCCACCGCCCCAGGAGGACCGCAGGUGAGCUUGGCGAGGGGCUGGACUGUGCGUGUUGUCCAGCGAGCAGGGUGUGCUGUGUGGGUGUGCGCGGUGUGUGAUUUGCGGUGAGCAGUGUGCUGUGUGUGGGUUUGUACUGAACAGUUAGCGGUGUAUGCUGUGUGGGUGUGUAUUUAGUGUGAUUUGCACUGAGCAGGGUGUACUGUCUGGAUAUGUGCUGAACACUUAGAGGAGGGUGUUGUGCGAGGCUGUAUUUCUGUGUGGGUGCACUGCUCAGGAUUUGCAGCGAGGGGGUGUACCGCGUGGGGACGUACUGGACGGUGAGUGGGGUGUAUUGUGCGGGGAUGCACUGAACGGUGUGCAAGGUGUUGUGUGGGGUUUGCAGGGAGCGGGGCGACCUGAGCAGUGUGGGUUUCUGGGGGGGGCUGUUUGCUGUGUGGCUCUCGGAGGGGAGGGGACCAUCCAGUUUUGGUGCAUCACACGUGGGCUUGAAGCACAUGCCAUAGCAUCCUAACCUGUCCUCCUUCCAUCCCAGGGCCCUGUGGAUAGGAAUGGACGGACAGACGGCUGCUUUGCCAGCCUUGCCCAGCAGCGCCACGGUGCAUACGAGAGCCCCGGCAGGCAGGUUUUGACGGCCGGCGUGGCGAGCAGAGCGGGACCGGGCCAAGCCGUACCUCCUGACUUUUCUGUGGUAGACGCGAACCACUGUGUGGAUUGGGUUUUUAAGUCACGAAAGACGUUGUGCCACAGCUGCCGUCACCAUGAAUGGGCUGUCGGUGAGCGAGCUGUGCUGCCUCUUCUGUUGCCCACCCUGCCCCAGCCGGAUAGCAGCCAAGCUGGCCUUCCUGCCCCCGGAGCCCACCUACGCCAUUGUGCCCGAGCCAGAGCCUGCGGGCAGCACCAGCACCAGCUCGCUGAGGGGCGGCACGCCGGGGCGUUGGAAGCUGCACUUGACCGACCGGGCAGAUUUCCAGUAUGCCCAGCGGGAGCUGGACACCAUUGAGGUGUUUCUAACCAAGAGCAGCCGGGGGAACCGCGUCGGUUGCAUGUACAUCCGCUGUGUGCCAGGCGCCAGGUUCACGGUGCUCUUCUCCCAUGGCAAUGCUGUGGACCUAGGCCAGAUGAGCAGCUUCUACAUUGGGCUGGGCACGCGCAUCAACUGCAAUAUCUUCUCCUAUGACUACUCGGGCUACGGCGUCAGCACGGGGAAACCCUCGGAGAAGAACCUUUAUGCUGAUAUCGAUGCUGCCUGGCAAGCGCUGAGGACACGGUACGGGAUCAGCCCGGAGAACAUCAUCCUGUAUGGACAGAGCAUUGGCACAGUGCCCACCGUGGACCUGGCCUCGCGCUACGAGUGUGCCGCCGUCGUGCUGCACUCGCCCCUCACCUCGGGCAUGAGGGUUGCCUUCCCGGACACUAAGAAGACCUAUUGCUUUGACGCCUUCCCCAACAUCGAGAAGAUUUCGAAGAUCACCUCGCCUGUCCUCAUCAUCCACGGCACCGAGGACGAGGUCAUCGACUUCUCGCACGGGCUGGCGCUAUAUGAGCGCUGCCCCAAGGCAGUGGAGCCCCUGUGGGUGGAGGGUGCAGGACACAACGACAUUGAACUGUAUAGCCAGUACCUCGAGCGCUUGCGCAAGUUCAUCUCCCAGGAGCUGGCGAGCCAACGCAACUGAGCAGCCAUCUCCGCCCCGUGCUGAGCCAGGCGGGAGGGCACCGGCUCCUGGAGGUGCCAUGAGCUCAGGCAGCCUCAGCUGUGGCCGACCGAACUGAGUAGCUGGAGAGAAGCUUCAGGUCCUUGAAUGUACAUUGCGUGUCUCAUGACAUCUUGGGCAAGUCCCAUUUGAUACAAGCACAGUGCCCUUGCUGGACCUCCCCUGCAAACUGCAUCCUGCCAACAGGGGCGCUGCACGGGAGCCUGGGGGACAGCAGCUGUAGAGGAGUUUUCCACCCCCAUGGGUGUCUUGGGGGGCGGGGAAAAAGGACAAGGACCCAUCCCUCCAACUCCUGCCCGAGUUGUCUCCUGAGCCUGCCCUGGAGCUGGCUGGGGGUUCCUGCAGCCUCAGCCCUCGGGGAAUCACCUCCAGCUCUGACCCCACGGUGCAGCUGUUCUCACAAUAGCAAUAAGCACUGGGCAAGCUGCAGGUAAGAGAGCAGCACAUCCCUGGCAGGAUGCCUUGCCGCUGGCUCUGAUCACUGCAUGGUACAUACACACGCCUGCUCUGUCUUACCACCUAGUGCACCCGCCUAUGCAGCCAGAGUGGAAGCUGGGCCCUUAACAAGUGAAUCAAAUGCCAGUGGGAACUGUUGGAGGGGAGGCGGGGGAUUUGCUGAGUGGCAUUUGCCAGCCUUGGCUGGAAGCUCCUGUGCCUAGCACGUGGCACCUGCUGUCCUGAGAGGGCAGGACGGGUGGGGCAAGGAGAUGGCACCAUCCCUGCUCUGUGCCCCAUUUUGUGUCUGCAGAGGACUCCCCGACAGCAGGUCACCCAAGGCAACUCCUCUGGGUGGGCGGAUCUCAUGAGUCGUUUUGGAAACAGAAAAACCAAGAGGAAUAAAGGUUUAAGAUGUAAACUUU